ACCCUAGCGCAGCAGCCUUCCGCUCCUUUCGCCCACGCGCGCCGCUGUUUCGGAACCGAACCGCGCUCCCCUCCCUCCCCCUCACAAACCGCCCUCCUCCUUUGCCGGCAGCGGUCGACGCGCUCCUCGCCGUGAUGGAGCAGGCGGAGCACGAGCCCCGGAAGCUCUUCGUCGGCGGCCUGCCGCGGUGCGGGGUCACUCAGGAGGGCCUGAGGGCCCACUUCGCCCGCUACGGGCACGUGGUGGAAGCGCUGGUGAUGCAGUACCCGGACGGCAUGGGCCGCGGCUUCGGCUUCAUCGAGUUCCAGGAUGAAGAGGCGGCGCUCAGGGCGCUCGACGCGAGGGAGACGGAAGCGCACGAUGCUUUCUUCGGCCGAAAGGUUGAUGUGAAGAAAGCAGAGAAGAAACAAGGAACCCGAUCCGCGCCGACUCAGAGCAGUUCAUAUAAACGGGAUGCUGAUCCAAAGAAGAUCUUUGUGGGUGGGUUAGGUGACAGGAUCACCAGAGAUGACCUGUCAGGUUACUUUGAGAAGUUUGGGACAAUAACUGAUGCUGUUGUGUGUCAUGAUAAACUAACAAGAAAGGCAAGGGGCUUUGGAUUUGUGACAUUUGAUUCCCAGGAAGCUGCGGACAAGGUUUUGGAGAACCGGUUUCACCACUUGAAGGGAACAAAGGUGGAAACAACUCAUGCUAAACCAAGAAGUUCAAUGGACGGUGGGGGCUGGGGUCACAGGAGCCCUGCUAAUGACUAUGGUGGAAUGUACUCACCCCACAACGGACCAUUUGUCCCUUGCAAUGGCCCUUAUCUGGUUCCAUAUCCAUAUCCAUACCUCUACGCAUCACCUGGAAUGAUGAAUUAUGGGUACGUGAUGAAUCAAAUAGGCACCUCAAAUGAUACUGGUAUGAUAGUAAUGCGGCCCCCUCCCACGAUGUAUGCACAUUAUGGAAGUUCAUAUGGACAUGAUGCUGCCAAUUUGAAACUUCAAAGUGAUAGCGGAGUGAUGGGAAAUCAGCCUUCCGCUGGCUUGAAAUCAGAUCCAGCGAAGCCAGAUUCCAACUUACCGUAAGGAUGCUAAUGUCACAACACCGGUGACGCUUCACCACAACAUUUUGUCCGGGAACUCUAGGCAGCUGUGAAGACUGGAGCUCUGACGUCUCACCGUGAAUCGUUUUACUUGCCCGUAUUCUUUGUUCGCACCAUGUACAUUGAGCCCAAGCAAACGGGGGGAAAUCAACCUCUGUGCCACCUAUCGCAUAUUCACCAUGCUCGAAUUCUGUUACCGUUGCCAUGACAGUUUACUUUGGAUUAAUACAUUCAUGUUUGCUUA